AUGAAUGGUAGUCCAUAUGAUGACUUUGUGACCGCGAAAGGGCUUAGGCAAGGGGAUCCAUUUCCCCAUUUCCUAUUUUCAUUAGUUGCAGAGGGUUUAGCAAAGAUGUUGGCCAAGGCAUCAGAAGUAGGAGCAUAUAGCAGUUUCAGAAUCGGCGAGUCUUGGGCGGCGGACUUGUUGCAGUUUGCAGAUGACACGGUAAUCAUUGGGGAAGAUAGCUGGAACAACUUGUGGUGUACAAAAACAGUGUUGAGAGUUUUUGAUUUGGCUUCCGGUUUACAAGUUAAUCUAGCAGAGAGUUGUUCGUUAGGAGUGCAUGUCGAGGACUCUUUUAUGCAAGCAACUUCAACCUUCUUGUGCUGCAGAAUUGGUAAGUUCCCUUUCAAUUUUUUGGGCAUACCAAUUGGGAGCAAUCAUAGGAAACUAUUUGUUUGGAAUCCGGUGAUUGAGAAGAUGCGAAACAUAUUAUCUUCGUGGAAAAGUAGGCUGUUGUCUAUUGGGGGAAGAAUCACACUUAUAAAUUAUGUCCUCAAUGAAAUUCCAAUUUAUUUUCUGUCAUUCUUUAAGAUCUCUAAGGUAGUACUUAAAGAGAUGAUCAAAUUACAACGAUAA